AUGACAAUAUAUAAAUACAGCUUAAGCAUAAAAUUGUUUAAGAAGAGACAACAGAGCAAUCUUUUUGCGUACUUACUAAACAGGAGAAAUGUUUCCUACGAUACAUUAGCUGGUAUUCCAUGGAUGAGUCAUAGCAGAAUUACCAAAACGUUUGAGAGGGUUUCGAAUGAAGGUCCAUAUGAUAAGAUAACAUGGGAAAAAUUAAGUGAAAGGGCAAACAAAAUUUGUGCUAGUUUUGAUAUAAAAGAAAUAGGAAGAAUAUUAUAUGCAUAUGCUAAGGUAAAAUAUAGAGAUGUUAAAAUAAUUUAUAAAUUUACAGAAUUGAUAAAAAAUAAAAAAAUACAUCAGAUUGAUCUUUUAGCAUGUGCACACAUAAGUCAUGCACUAAAUAAUUUAAACUAUUUUGAUAAAAAACUAUUCGUAUUAAUAUUCAAUCAUAUUGUACAAUUAAAAAUUAAGGACAAUUCGUUUCCAGUUAUUAUAACUCUAAAUGCUUAUACCAGACAUAGUAAUGAUCAGUCAUUACGCGAAUUGUCUAUGGAAUUAUUAAUUUUUUUUUUAAAAAAUUUUAAUAAGUAUAAAAACAAUUGUACUCCCCAAGGGUUAGCUAUGCUGCUAAACUCCUUUUGUCAAGUUAUCAAACCGUCCCCCGAAUUUUUAAUAAAUCAAAAUGACGAGUUGAAAAAAAUUUGUAUAGAGGAAAAGGAGAGCAAUGAUGAGAUUCAUAAAACAAGGGAGAGGCCGAAUAGGCAGAAGGAUAAGAAGCAGUAUACGCAUCAGCAUACCCAGAAGCGUACAGAGCAGCAUAUACAGCAGCGUACGCAGCAGUAUACGCAGGAGGGGAUUGAGGAGGGGAUUGAGGAGGGGAUUGAGGAGACUCCCUCUUUUUUCUUUGAACGAAAGGGGGGCAGCAAUAUAAUUACCAUAACGCACGAAGAAGAGAAACAAAAUGGUGGAGGUAACGAUCAGUUUGUAAAAUAUAGUGAAGUCCAUUCGGAUGAUAAGAGUAUUUGUGGGGGAACGUACAAAAGAGGAAUGGGUGACAAUGAACCUAUAGAAAUGUAUUCAAAUAAAAUAAGCUCUCUAAAUGUGAAUGAUAACAAAGAAAAAGAGAAAAAUGAUGAAAUAGAAAUAGACGAUGUUAUGAACAAGUAUGUAUAUAACGAAAGUAAGCUGGUUGAAAGAUGCGCGUGGCAAGAUGAUAAGAGUAAAUGGGCAUCAUCAUAUACAAGUAAUAGUGAAAAAUUACAACGUAACCAUAAAACAAUUUUUACAGAUAUAGCAGAAAAGUACGACGAACGUAAUGAGGGAAACGAAAAAUAUGAAGAAGGGAAAGUUAGUUGCAAGGAUAUUAGCAAGAACAAGAGUAAUGAAAGAGUAAAACAGACUAUCAGUGUAAAAGAAGAGGAUGAUAAAAAUGACUUGAUUAAUAGACAAAAUUGUAGAGAGUUAUUAAAAAAUUAUUUUCUUAUGUUAUUAAUACAAAUAACUAAAAACAUUGAAAAGAUGAAUACACAAUCCUUGUCAUUAAUAGUUAAUGCAUGUUGUAGAAUUCCUUUUAAAGUACCAUAUGAAUUUUUAAAAAUAAUUAGUGAAGAAAUAAAUAAAAAAAUUCAUUUUGCAACUAUUCGACAUUUGUCAUUAAUUAUUAACGCGUACAUAAAAUUGAACAUACAAACAGAUCCCACAUAUGUGUCUAACGUAUUUACAGAAAUUGGAAAAAAGGUUCACUCUUGUGAUGAGCAGCAGCUGAGUUUUAUACUUAGCAGCAUAGUGUAUUUGCGCAAUAACAGGAGUAAUGUUCGUAAAUAUAACGUUAGUAAUCAGGAUAUCAGUGGUAGCACUGAUAGCAGUGCAAAUAACUAUGAUAACGGUGCAUAUAACUAUGAAAAUAGUACACAUAACUAUGAUAACGGUGCAUAUAACUAUGAAAAUGGUACACAUAACUGUGAUAACGGUGCAUAUAACUAUGAAAAUGGUACACAUAACUGUGAUAACGGUGCAUAUAACUAUGAAAAUGGUACACAUAAGUGUGAUAACGAUACAAAGAACAUUGAUUACAUUAGCAACUCGCAUUUAAUGAAAGAGAUAAACGGAAAGGUUAUCUUAAACAUGAGAAAAAUGAAUAUAUCUAUCCUGUGUAAUAUUUUAUACUAUUACACCAAACUGGAAAUUAUCAAUGAAGACAUAUUUUAUUUGUUUCAAAUUUAUCUAAAAAAAUUAAUUCAUACAGCUAAUUUGCAUGAUAUAUCUUUAUCAUCUUAUAUCUUAGCCAGAAAUAAAAUUAAAAAUGACAAGAUAACAAAAAUGAUAGUAAACAAAUCGGAGGAAAUGUUAAAGGGUAAAAUCAUACACGAUGCCCAAAAGAUGAAGGAUGUUCUAAUUUUAAUAAAUAGUCUUAGUCAGAUGAAUAUAUAUUCGCACGUACUAGCGGUUCAUCUACAUCACAUCAUUCAUGUCAAUGAGGAAAUGCUUCACUCGUCUGAAUGGAUCCCUUAUGAUCAUGGUGCUAGUGCUGCUCAUGCAGGAUACCCCAAAAAAUGGAAGCAAAGUAUUAGCAAAAGUAGCAAUAGUGAUAACAGUAGGAAUGGUAGUUCAACUAGCCCGUUUGGUAACCUAGAUACGGAUAUUCAGAACAAAAUUAUAAAUAAAAAUAUUUACAUAUCACUGAAAACGUUAUCACUAUAUAAAAAUUGCAUUCAAAUUUGA